AUGAUCAACCGUUGGGAUGGGCUGCCAUUGAGCAGCGCCGCUUCGAAUCCGACUCUUUAUGCACAGAACGCAGCGCUUGCUCCGGAUUCGAUAAUGUCGGCAGCUGGCGGGAGCACUGUCAACCAAAAUGUCGCAACUCUUCAGCAAAUGGGACAAGUCGCUGGAACAGGGCCAGACGAGGUUUUUCAGCAUGGCACCAUUGGAAAGUUUAUACGAAUGGAAUUGGAAGGUGGAUUUUCAUCAUUCGUUCGAUGUAUUUAUGAAGCGAAACGCACUAACAACAAUACAGUAACAUUAGUUUGCGAACGUGAUCAGGAAUGCUGUGAAAAUGGUUGCUGUCCUAAAGACCAACAUUGGAUGGUCGGUGUCUACGUUCUUCUCGCAUUUGUUCUUCUUGUUUUUGUUGUUGGAACAUGCUUAAUGAUUUGUUGCUAUCAACGUUCGAAAAAUCGAGAACGAAAAGAAGAACGAGAAGCUGUUGAAUACGGAAAUGGAGGCUACGCACCAUCACAGGUCGGAGGAAAUGCUUAUUCAUCAUAUGCUGGACCCACCUAUUAG